CAUUGUAAAGAUGGCAGCCUCCUUGAAAAUAACAGCAAAGUUACCGGUGAUAUUUGGAAAAUGUUUCUUGAAUGCACGAUGCAUCAGGGACUUUUCCAGCUGCUCUGUUUGCCUGGCUAAAGCACAGAGAAAUAUUAAAGAAAAGGCAAAUGAACAAAGACCUCAGCCCAGUAAGGGUGGUGCAAAAUCAAUCGUCAUACCAAGAAAAAUUGAAAGGAGUUCAACAGCUAUCCUUGAGGCUCUUGCAUCAACAGUGAGAGCUGAUGCCAAUCAACCAAUGUAUAUGGAUAUUGAUGACCCUCAUCUCCUGUCCACUGCAGACAGAUUGAAGAAAAAUCACAUGGCUGCUAAAGACAGUGGGCGCAAGGCUGCCCAAACAAUGCUGGCCCUGUACCCAGACUACUUUACACAGAUAUGGGAAGAACCCCUUCCAGAGACUCUGAACAGCCCAUUUGAGGGUUAUAAAUAUCAAGAGGCCAGUGAAGCAGCCCUGAUUGAACGUAUACAAAAGAGACAAGUGAAGGAUGCAAUCGAAGUGUACAAGUCAUGCAAGGCUAGUGAUUAUCCUCUCAGCCAAGAAAGUCAGGAACAGCUUCUGGAAUUGCUCACGGUUUUUAACAGUAAGGAACCUGAUCGUUCAAGCGCCCUCAGCAAUUUCAUCAAUCCCAGCUUUGCUUUGUCUUCCCCUUUCCCUGCGUGUACUUGGGAGAAAGGAAAUCUGGCUGAACAAGUGUACAACUCAUUGCCUGAAAAAACUCCCACAGCUUAUUGUCUUCUCUUGCGAGGGAUGGCAGCUAAUUUUGACAAAGAGGGAGCACUCACCUUGUAUAAUGAGAUGAAGGUGGCAAAUGUACCAGUGGAUGUGUCUACGUACAACAAGCUUCUGAGUUUGGCCUCCCUAGAUGCUGCCUCCAUGGAUGAGAUCACACAAACUCUUGAGUCUAUUCUUCAAGAUAUGAAGGCAGCUGGUGUACAACCUAAUGUGGGAACAUUUAACUGUGCCUUGUCAAACUGCAGACGCAUCUCUAAAUGGACAGGAGCUAGAAAGUAUGCUCUGUCCCUUGUAGCAGAGAUGAAAGCUUGUGGACUGGAACCAGAGCUGUCAACAUUUUAUGAGUUGAUGCACAUAUUCUACUAUGUCAGAGACAAAUCCUCCAAAACUCCAGAGCUGUUUGAGAACAUCCUGGACUACAUGGAUGGCAAGGAGUACACCCUCAGUUCAGAAAAUGAUGCUCUCUUCUUCCGCAAUGCCAUGAAAGUGAUUGCAACUUUCUUUCCUGACUCCAAGCUUGCCUUGAAAUUGCACAGAAUUUUGAAAUUUGGCCAGAACAGUAAAGCUCUGGGGCACAGGCAGUUAGUUUUUACCUACUACAAAGAGCUGCUGUCUGUUGUAACCCCUCUGGAGCACACAGAUGUUGUGAUGGAUCUCUACCAGAGUAUUGCUCCUUAUAUUUUCUUACCAUCAUCUGACACUUAUCGCCUCAUUCUGGAAAAUAUAGAGAUGCAUGACACGCAUCAUUACCUCCCUCAACUCUUUGCAGACUUGUUCUGGACCAGUCAGUUCAAGGAUACAGAGAUGCUAGGGCCCUUUGUCCAUGCCAUGGCAACUCAGAAACACAGCCAAGAGCUGCAGCAACAGUUUAGUGACAUAACAUCCACUUUGCUUGAGAGCUGGGAGCAGAACAGAGAGAGAAGAGACAACAUUGGGCUUGAUGGCUCUGUGAUAGGAGACAUGAUACUGAUUUAUAUCAACAACAAUGAACCCAAGAAAGCAAUGAGUGCUUUCAGACUAUACCUCGAUGACAAAAGCCUGCAUCAGGCUGAGCCAGGGGUGGAGUCAUUGACAAAACUGACAGAGCAUUCCAUAGCUGUGAAGGACUACAAAUCAACAGGGGAAUUGCUCACCAUGAUGCUCAGCACAGACAGCAGUAACGUUCCUGGACUGGUUGAACAAGUGUUAAAGUCAACAGAACUGUCAGACCAGGAGAGGAAUUACCUUCAGGGUCUGGCACAAGAGGCAUCUUCGGAAAGCAGUUCUUCAGAUUCUGACUCAGACUGAGACAAGGAAGUCACUGUCGCAUUUUUUAACUGGUCAUUUACUCCAUGUCCCCAUCCAGCCUGAGAUGUGGCCUGCAGACAUCUUUAUGAUAACUGUUUUGUGUGAAGACUUUACAGGCCGAAGGGCUAAAACUCAAAUGGCCGCUGGAUCAGAAAAGUAAAGUGUGAUGACUUUGGUUCUGUCUGUCAAAUCUCCUGUGGACUAACCCUCUGUUGUAUCCAACACAGUGGAUAGAUGUUAAGUAGGCCUACCACCUGGGUGACUUUCUCGCCAAAGAAAACAGCAAAGGACAUUGUCAUAAGUUUCAUGAUUUGUAGUGAAACUUUCCUAUUCUUGUGAGUAGGAGUAAAAAUUCAAAUGAUAAUCAUGUUUAGCCUUGUGAAUCCACAUGUAAUUUUCAACUCUUGAGAUGCAAGUACUGUUGAAUAACAUGAAUUUUAUAAGGAGUGCAUGAAUAUGAUAUUGUGUAAAGCUUUGUAUAAUGGUCUAUUUUUUCAUGGAAGAUCGUGGCUUGCUUUGUCAAGUAUUUUGUAAAAUGUAGAGAGAAAAAAGUUUUGAAAGUAUGUCAGUCUUGUCAACUAGAGUAGUAAAUGGCAUUGAUAUUUGUCCAGGAGGGGGGGGGACAAGAUGUCCAAAGCUGUUGCCACAGAGAAGUAAGUAUCUGAAAUUGAGGGGUCGGCAGAGAACUGUGAUGUCUAAUGCAUAAACCUUGACUUGUCAAUAAAUAACUACUUCAACUCAA